AUGGAAGCUGAAGACUGUCCCGACGCCCCCAGCCUGCCAUGGCGCGCAGGCUCGACGGUUGUUAUGGGCGUCACGGGGCUGCUAAGCCGCGGGUUUCUUUUCGGCGCAAGCAGGACUGAGGUGCAUGGGCUCGAGGGGUUCCUUAAGCUCUUGGAUGCGCGGCAGGAUGUGCAGAGCAGGGAACGGGGGCUGAUUACAGUAUCAAACCACACCAGUGUGAUAGAUGAUCCGCUCAUCUGGGGCGUCCUGCCCCUACGGUACUGCUUCAACCCGGACAACCUCCGCUGGAGUCUGGGCAGCUACGACAUCUGCUUCAAGAACAACGGCCACACCCUCCUCAGCACCUUCUUCUCCCUCGGCCAAGUCCUCCCCACGCACCGCACCGCCCACUCCCCCCACGGCGGCCUCUUCCAACCCACCAUCACCCAAGCAAUCCGUCUCCUCUCCCGCGGCCCCUUCCUCGGCCCCACAAAUCCCGUCCCGCUGGGCACGACAAAUGCAAUCGCAUCCCCCCUACCCCCACCUUUCUCUCUGCCGGACUCCGACCCCUUCAGCGGCCCGCACCUCACGUACACGACCAACACGGUAGAUUGUUUCCCGGCGCCAGCCGCAUUUGCGAACAGGCGCCAUGCAUGGCUGCAUAUCUUCCCGGAGGGGAAGGUGCAUCAGAAGACGGACAAGACGAUGCGGUAUUUCAAGUGGGGCGUGUCGCGGCUGAUUCUCGAAUCCGAGCCCGCGCCCGAGAUGGUGCCGAUCUGGAUCGAGGGGUUCGACACCGUGAUGCAUGAGAGUCGGACGUUUCCGCGGUUCGUGCCGCGCGUGGGGAAGACGAUAAGCGUGUCCUUUGGCGAGGCGGUGGAUAUGGAGCGCCGGUUUGGGGAUCUGAGGGAGCGGUGGAGGAGGUUGGUGAAGGAGGACAAGAGUGGGGGUGGCAGGGAGGUGGGGGUGUUGAGUGAGGAGCUGAAGCAUGGGAAGGAGGCGGUGGAGUUGAGGAUCGAGUGUAUGAGACGUGUGAGGGAGGAGGUGUUGAGGGUUAGGAGAAGUAGGGGGUUGCCGGAUGAGGACCCGAAGGUCGGGCUGGUGGAGACGUGGAGGGAGGAGGGGGCUAAGAGGGAGGGGAAGAUGGAGGAUGGGAGUUGGGUGAAAGACACGUGA